CUCGACUCCGCGCCACAAUCGAGAUCGAGGCGGCCGCCGCCCCCGCUGUCUCUUCCUCCACAGCCGCGGCCCUCGCAGCAGCAGCAGCAGCAGCAGCGCGCGGGAGACUCAGCGAGCGACUGCAUUUCGGAGGCGGCCUCUUGAGCAGAGGGGUUCGCGGUCAGGGAGCGCGGUCACCCCGCUGCCCCGGGUCGCGGCAGCCGCGGCGUCGCAGCCGCCAUGGCGAUACACCUGCUGGAGGACUGGUGCCGCGGGAUGGAGCUGGAUGUCCACCGGGCGCUGCUGGUGUCGGGCAUCCCCGAGGACUGCGGCCAGGCGGAGCUGGAGGAGACGCUGGACGCCGUGCUGCUCCCGCUCGGGCCGUACCACGUGCUCAACAAGAUCUUCCUGAGGGAGGACAACGCCAAGGCGGCGCUGGUGGAGCUGGGCGAGGGCGUGAGCCUCAGGGCCGUGCCCCGCGAGUUCCCGGCCCGGGGCGGUGUCUGGAAGGUGACGGUCCGCGACCCCAGCCAGGACGCGGAGUUCCUGAAGAACCUCAACGAUUUUCUCGACGCCGAGGGUCGCACCUGGGAGGACGUGGUCCACCUGCUGCAGCUCAACCAGCCGCCGCGCCUCCAGAACCAGCCCCCCGGCAAUUGGGCCGAAGUUCUGGGGGGCCUGCUGGGAGCCGUGGUGCAGAUCGUCUUCUACAUGGACUCGGAGGCCCGCGUCCGCGAGGAGGCCCGGGCCCGCGAGGCCGCCCAGCCCCAGCCCCAGCCCCAGCCCCGGGCCGCGGCCGCCAUGGCGACCAAGAGGAAGAUCAAGAAGGAGCCCAGGCCCGCCGCGGAGGGGGGCGCCGCCGCCGUGAAGAAGGAGAAUGGCGGGGCUGAGCCCGACUUCCCCAGACCUGUGGUUCGCCGAGCUGGCGCCAAGUCCCGCUCCAGGAGAAAGAAGCCGAAGAAGAAGCAGCAGCCCAAGGGAGAGCCAGAGGCCUGGAACAAGCCCACCGGAGACCAGCCCAGCGGCUCGGCCUCCCUGGAGGAAGCAGCCCCCCUCGACGAUGCUGAAAACGUGCAACCCUCGGAAUCUGUGGAGAGCAACCGGAAGCCGCACGUGAAGCCGGAAGCGGCCGCUGCCAAGAAACCUGCCGCCGGGGCCAGAGCUGAGAGCCCCAGGGCGGCCUCUGAGCCAGACCGGGACGGCGGCCACGAGGGUCCCCCCAAGAAGAAGGCCAUGGGCUGGGCCUCCACCAAGAGCCCCGGCUCCUCAAAGAAGAAAAAGAAGAUGAGCCUGGGCCCCGUCUCCUACACCCUCCAGGGCCCAGAAGACCCCCAGAAGCCGGCCAUGCCAAAGAAAGGGCUGGGCUCCAGGAGGGUCGCGGCCGUUCAGAAGACCCCGACGAGCCCUCAGCCCCCGGAGUCGUCGGCCUCUGUGGAGCAGGGUCCCAAGGACAAGCCAGAAGGCUCUCCUCCCGGCACCAAUGCACCCCAGAAGCGUUGAUUUGGGGGACCGUCCAUUCCUGAGGAUCAGAAAGAAGACCAAGGAAGAAGUUCCACGUUGGGAACAAAGUUUUUCUGUUGUUGUUGCAUGAACCAGACCUUUAGAGACCCAGUUUGUUGAGACCUGGCUCAGAGACAAGUGACAUGUAAGGUCUUAGGAGGGAGGAAUUAGGGGAGGCAGGCAAAUCAGCUGCUUUUCUUCUCUGCCAGCCCUGCUCUGUCCCUUUGAGACAGCCUUCACAGGUGGAGAGUCACUAAGCAGACUGGGGAAAUUCUAGAUAUUCACCUUCCUUCGUGAGUAGGGUUCCUGUUAAUGUUCAUCCAUGUCAGUGUCCUUCCCUCGCUGCUUCCCUGCUUCUCCUGAUGUUCAGCCAACUAUGGUGGGGCCUGGAGAGAGAGAGGCCUGCUUUCCUCUUCCCCCCUAGUCUUUAACUUCCACACCCCAAUUUUCUAUCCAGAAGGUGGUGAGGCCCCAGGAGUGAGUUUACAGGAAAAGAUGAUCUGCUUCAGUCUUGAAGCAUCGGAGUUUUGGGUUGUAUUACUGAAAAUGGUGCUUGGGUUCUCAUUUGGGCAUAAAGCCUUGGCAGGGAAGUAUCCAGGCAUCCCUGACUUCCUGCCUCUUGACUCCAUCUGUUUGCCCCACAUUCUAUGAUAACAUCUUUGAUAACGAGGACCACUAGAGAGAGAGGAGCAGUCCUUUAAAAACUGCCUGUUUAUUUCUGCCUGCUUUGUGAAUCAGAACGGUUUCCUGUUUGUUGUGAGGAGCCCAAGGAGUACCAAAGAUGUAAUCCAAGUUUAUUUUUUCAUGUAUUUAACAAAAAAAACACCUAAAAACUUUUUAAAAAUACUUGAAAAUGUCAACCAAACCCAUCAAAGGAGGCGGUAAAAAUAUUAGCUUAUAUUUAUAAGUUAAUCUGUUUCUGUUCAGGUCUCCAGUGAGUUGUCUAGACCAUCUGUUUGCUCAUAGCUGAGUUUCUUAGAAACAGGACUGAUGAGAAAGUGGGAGACUCCUAUCUGAUGCAUGCCCCGUACCUUGCAUGCCAGACCCUUUGUAACCCACAUGCUCUUGUCGUGCCAGCUGGUGAGUCAUGUGACAGCAAGUGAGUGUGUUUACGUGCUGCGCAGCAACUAAUCCAACCCACAGAGUUCUAUUCUAGCCCUUUCCACCUUCAGUGUUUCUUUCCUGACUUUUUUUUUUGUGUGUGUGUGUGUGUGUGUGAUAAUGUGAGCCAUCAUUAGUUGUUAGUGACUUAAUUUUGAAAAUACAUUUCCUGAGAGAAUUCACGUCAAAAGCCUGGACAGGUGAAAACAAAGAUGCAGGAAAAAGAAGGAACCAGUUUCCAGUCAAUGCUGAUUUCUCCUGUCAUGAAUAAUGUAGGCGUGAAUUAGAUCCCUGAGGUGGCAAAGGGGUGACUCCCCAGGUCCCACUUUCAGAGUCAAUCAGGGCCUCAUUGUGUUAACAGUUUGACACUGUGGUUAGUAAAACAAACAUGUUACAAAAUAAAAGUUUAGAAAAAUGAA